AUGCGGCCGCAACGCGAAUACCAUAUUGUUGUGCUCGGUGCUGGAGGAGUGGGAAAGAGUUGUUUGACUGAAGCUUAUGACUUCACAGCGCAAUUCGUCCAGAAUGUUUGGAUCGAAAGCUAUGACCCCACGAUCGAGGAUUCAUACCGUAAACAGAUCGAGGUAGAUGGGCGACAAUGCAUAUUGGAAAUCCUUGACACAGCGGGCACAGAACAGUUCACGGCCAUGAGAGAACUGUACAUGAAGCAAGGCCAAGGCUUCCUCCUCGUCUUCUCAAUCACCAGUGCAUCCUCCCUUAACGAACUCUCCGAACUCCGCGAACAAAUCAUUCGAAUCAAAGACGACGAAAAAGUUCCCCUAGUAAUUGUCGGCAACAAAUCCGACCUAGAAGACGACCGUGCCGUCCCCCGAGCCCGCGCGUUCGGCCUCUCCCAAAGCUGGGGUAACGCUCCAUACUACGAGACCUCCGCCCGGCGCCGCGCGAACGUAAAUGAAGUUUUCGUCGACCUAUGCCGGCAAAUCAUUCGGAAAGACCUUGAAGGCUCUGGCUCAAGUAGUGACUCGAAUCGCAAGCGCGAAGGGCCAGGCCGAGAUCGCAAGAGAGACAAUAGGACGCAGCGCCGCAGAGGCCCUUGUGUUAUUCUUUGA